AUGCCGCUUCUUGGCUUUCUGAAUCCCUUGGACAACGUCCACAAGUUUGACCCGGACAAGGACGUCCCGGACCUUGCGGGAAAAGUCAUUAUCGUGACGGGCGGGAAUUCUGGUUGCGGGAAAGAGACGGUCCUGCAACUGGCGAAGCAUAAUCCAGGAUGUAUCUACCUCGCCGCACGGAGUCAAGCAAAGUAUGACGACGCAAUGAAGGACAUUUCCGCCGCAGCACCGAAUGCCAAUGUGCGGUUUCUGGAAAUGGACCUGUCCUCGCUAGCGUCGGUCAAACAGGCUGCGGACCAGGUCAUGGCGGAUAGUGAAAGGGUCGAUAUAUUGGUGAAUAACGCUGGCAUCAUGGCGCAUCCGCACGGCCUGUCCAAGGACGGAUACGAGAUUCAGUUCGCGACAAACCACAUGGGACCCGCGCUGUUCACCCGUCUUUUGCUUCCGCUGAUGCAACGUACCGCAUCGCAACCUGCCGCUGACGUGCGCAUUGUGAACGUGUCGUCGGCCGCGCACAUGAUGACCACCGGCCCGGGUAUACAUUUCGAGAAGCUCAAGACACCGAUGGAAUCGACCAAUCCCGGGAUGAUCUACGGACAAUCGAAGCUGGCCAAUGUGCUGCACGCUAGAGAACUUGCCAAGCGCUAUCCUGAAAUCCUGUCAACGUCCAUCCACCCAGGCCGUGUUGAGACGAACUUGACAAACGUCAUGUUCGACGUGAAUGGCAUUAACGGCCGGUUCCAGAAGAUUUUCGACUCCCUCGCCGGUCCGUUGACCGUUCAACAGGGUGCAUUGACUCAAAUUUGGGCAGCGACAUGGAAUCGGACCGAGGUCAAGAAUGGAGCCUACUAUGUACCGGUUGGCAAGGAGCAUUCGGGGUCCAAAAGGAGUCGGGACGUAGAGCUGGCGAAGAAGUUAUGGCAGUGGACUGAGACCGAGUUGGCGGCCAAAGGGUAUUGA